AUGCCUUUCCUGUCAUUUGCCCGUGCGCUCGAACUGAGGAGGCAGCUGGAAGGAACCAGAGCGGAGGUUGUCUGUAUCGGCUCCGAUGAUUAUGCGACGAGUAUUCGCCGAUGGAGUGACACGUGCGAAAAAGAAGCUGGUGCUGUUGUACGUGUAACCAGCACAUCCGAGGUGGCGGAGGUAGUACGCUUCUGCCGGAAGAAUCACAUCGACUUCGUGGUCGAAGCUGGUGGACACUCCACCACCGGGGCUUCCUCGUCGCAUGGAGGCGUGGUAAUCAGCAUGGCUAGAAUGUGCAAGGUGUUGACAGACCCUGCCUCUGAGACUGUGUGUGUUCAGGGAGGCGCUAACUGGGAUAUGGUCAAUCAAUCGACUGCUCCUUACGGGCUAGCUGUGGUAGGCGCUACCGCCAGUCACACUGGGCACGGCCUAAUUACAGACCAGUUGCUGAGUGUCAAGAUGGUCCUAGCCGACGGUAGCAUCGUUGAAGCCUCAGACGAGAAUAGCCAGGACCUCUUCUGGGCGGUUCGCGGAGCUGGACAAGCCUUUGGUGUUGCUACCGAGUUUGUAUUCCGUGCUCACAAAGUCCGAGACAGGUUUUUCGGAGGGUUGGUAUACUACGAUGUGGAUAAGCUGCCAGUGCUGGUCGCGUUUGCAAACGAGUUCGAUAAACGUCAGGAUCCGAAGAGUGGUUUCUUUUUUGGAUUCGCAGCUCCACGAGAGAUAGGGCACAUGGUAGUGCUAGCCGUACUCUUCUACGACGGGUCUGCGUACGACGGCGAAGCAUUCUUUGAGCCUAUCCUAAAUCUGAAUCCGCUGAUCAACCGAGCUGCCAUGAAGUCGUACAUAGAGAUGAAUUCAAUUGCUAAUGUCGACCCGGUGCCAGAAGGCCGCAAAAGCAUCGGUGGUGCCAACAUCAUGCCACCUCUCGAGACAAGCCUUUUGCAGAAUCUCUACAGUCAGUUUAAAGAGGCUAUGAAUACGUACCCUCGUAUGGAAGACAGCGCGUUGGUCUUCGAGCUGUUGCCUUAUACGAAGGCCGUGCAGGUUCCUAUUAAGGAGACCGCGUGUGCCAAUCGAGGACCUUAUUACAACGUUGGUCUCAUAUUAUGUUGGCAUGACUCUGAUCUAGAUGCGAAGAUGCAUGCUCUUCAACGGAGCAUUAUCUCCAAAAUCUUGGAAGCGCAACGAGACAUUACGGAUGAUCAUGCUGUGGUGUAUCCCAAUCUUGCCGGACAUGACGUUAGUGCCGAGAAGCUAUUUGGUGCUAACCUGCCUCGACUACAAAAGCUGAAGAAGAAGUAUGAUCCGCAUAAUGUAUUCCGCAAGUGGCAUGACCUACUUGCACCAGCAAGAUCCCAUGUAGAGCAGACAGACAAACCUUAG